AUGACUGCUCGUCGAACCAACAAUAGUUUGGCUGCUCAUUUGGAUGGGGAGAACUCGUCAUCGGAUACCCUUUUGCACGCCGAGUCGUCUGGUCCUUCGUCGCUCGCUUCUGUGGCAAACACGGCGCCACAAACAUCUUCGACAGUUUCCGCUCUAGUUGUUGCUGCUGGUAUCCACGAUCCCGCUCUAAUCGCUGCAAUCGUCGAUGCCGUGAAAGCCUCGUUAGCGGCAGAAAAAGGUCCUGGUUCUAGCUCGAGCAAUCUGCGUGGAAAUUCUGAUAGCGUGGAGCCACAAGCAGCUUUUGGGGGCGUUCCCGCCCCAUCGCCCAGUUUGUCGCAGCAAACGGCGACCUUUCUAGCUUCUGGAGGCGCCUUUCCGGAGCAACAGGCGAUAUCUUCACCUUCAGCCACGCAAGGUAGGCCUAAUUUUACGGUGCCAUCUUUUGUUGCCACUUUUGCAACCCCGCGGUCGCCGAUUUUAAGCACGUCGAUCACGGCGGGCGCUUCUGUCCCGGUGCCACUCAGCGACAGCACCUUGGCUGCAAACCUGCCAUCGGGACCGCCACUCCAACAGCCGUUUGUAGUUGGCCCCGGUUUUUCACCAAUUCCGGCGAAAACGGUUAGCCAAAUUGUUGCCGGCAAGUACGUGGAUUUGGGAGAUUUGCUGUCAGUCAACAUUGUUCAGACUGAGCCGGAAUCGCAAGCAUUCCUGGACGGCCGGUUAGUGUUUUUGCCAAGCGCUAAAAAGCAACGUCGACGCAUUGAGGAUAUCGUGACCUGGUCCGAAGCCUUUACAAUUUUUACGCUGAUUUUGACGUCUUAUUUUCCGCACCGCUGGAAAGAUUUAACUUCUUACAAGCCUCUCAUCCUGCGCACGUACCGCCAGUUCAGUGGUCGUGUUUGGCUGGCCUACGAUCAGGCCUUCCGCCAGCACGCUGCGGCGACAAAGCUCGUGGACUGGUCGACCAUGAACGUUCAGCUUUACAAUUUUCACACUGCUGGGGCCUCUGUGCGUUCUGGGUCUGGUGGUUCCUUGAGCGAGCUACCCGAACCAUCUGGAGCUGACUCCUCCCAGGUCAUUUGCCGGUCUUGGAACAGGGGCCGCUGUUCGGCACAAUUUGCUUCGUGUCGGUUUGCCCUACGCUGCAGCACCUGUGCAGGUUCCCACCGUGCGUCAGAAUGCUCCCGUCGUUUUGACAAAACGUUGUCACACGAUCGCAAACGUAGAUCGGCUUCUCCUCCCUCCGUGCCCUCGUCCACCUCGAAAACCAGGCGUUAA